UCAAAUGUGCUCCAGACAGAUUCAGUGCCCUGUGAAGCUCAGAGUUAGCAACGUCUCUUUCGUAAAUAGUUCUCUCAAAUGCAAAAUUUUGUCAUGCUCUGAUAGUAUGGAUUUAAAAUGUAUCAACUAUUUAGUGGGGUAAAAAGUGACAAUAGUAGUAUACAAAAAAUUACAAACAAGAAAAAAUAAAAUUUAUUCAAAAAAGGUGGAAAAAAAAUCUUUCUAUUUGGUAAACAAUGUCUAGUGCGAUAAUAAUGAUAGAAGUAUUUCCGAGUUUGCAGCGGAUGCUUUUAUCAUGCAUUCGUUGGGUAUAGAUACAGUAGACUGGAUGAGUAAUUCUUGGUAAUGUGCUUGCUCAAACAGAGAAUGGCCAAGUUUUUACGAUGGAUGGUGAUUUAUGCAAUGGGUCUGACAACUGUCACUAUUAUUGGGAGAACUCUGCUAACUGAAGAGCCAUCGGAACCAAUAUUAUUACCGGAGUACAUUGAGCCGACGCAACAGUCAGAUACAGUAUACAUCGAUAGUAGAAUUAAUUCAACAGAUUAUUUGGACGAAAUCAUAACAGCGGCACAAAUGGCAGAGAUAAGAACCGAGUUGAAAAUUAGAAGAACAGGUGUUAAGAGUGUUUGUCAGAUCCUUGGAAACGAGACAUCUCCAAUUCGUGCAGUGGUUUCUAACAUGAUUGUUGACACAAAACAUGGAUUAUCUUGGUGCCCGAUUUAUAAAGCUGGCAGUUCAACAUGGAUGGUGCAUUUCGCCGUUUUGGGUAGAACUUUGUCUGAUCUCACAGUAGAGCUUAUUGAACGUAAUGUGUUGCAAGUAAAUACUCUUGCUAGACAGGCAUUCCCAAAUGCAGACUUAAAAUCAACACUAGAGAAGUUGAGACAUACAAAGAAAUUCAUUGUUGUGCGGCAUCCAUUCGAACGACUAUUGUCAGCCUACAGAGACAAAUUAGAAAAUAUGGAAAGCAGAAAAUAUUAUUACAACAAAUAUGGGCGCCACAUCACUCAGAAAUAUCGACAGAAAACAGCAGCUUCUAAUACCAAGCGAGAACCAACUUUCACGGAAUUUCUAAGAUUUAUUACAAAAGAAAAAUACUUUGAUGAACAUUGGGCUCCUUACAAUCAAUUCUGUAGACCAUGUGCGCUAAACUAUGAUUACAUUUUAAAAUUUGAAACAUUUAAGAGAGAUGAAGACUUUUUAAUCCAGGAAUUAGAACUGAAUCAAUACUUAUACACUAAAAAUAAUGUAAAAAAUGUUAAUCCACAAGGGGCAACAACAACUAUGAUCUCUAAAAAAUAUUUUCAAAGCGUGCCAAAGAUGCUUUUGGAAGAAGUGUACCGAGUAUAUGAAAAGGACUUUAACCUGUUUGACUAUUCGCCUGAUGACUAUUACCUUAUGACAAAAAUUUGAGUGUAAUUGAGAAAAUAUUGUGAUAAUGUGUGAGAAGAUUGUAAGUAUGUAAAUUAUUUGUAAUAAAUGAGUAUUUUAUUCCAUUACUUAUGAGUUUCAUCUUUUACUGAAACGGGAUCAGUUAGAUUUUUUACUUAGUAUUGCCUGUAAUGGCAAUAUCCUGGAAGCUCUCAUAUACUUACUGGUCCAAAAUAAAGCCUCUUGAAGUACAACCAU